AUGAAAAAAAUUGGUCGAGUGAUUUCUUCUUCAUUACUUCCGAUGAAACCUGAGAAAGGCUUGGUCGUACGACUUUGUGUUGGAAAGAAUUCUGGCUUUGAAAAAUUAAAUGAUGCUCGUCAUGUCUUUCUUAAUGAUGAAAAUAUUUUGGAAUUAUCCGAUUCUUUUUCAUUUGUUAAGAAUGAAUUAUUUCCGAAAUUAAUUAGAAAAUAUCAUUUGCAAUGUGGGAUGUUUCAAGUAAUGGAAAGUGAUAACAUAGAGGAAAGAGAUUGUAAAUUGUCUGAAUUUAUGGAGAAUGUCUUAACUAAAUCUUAUACCAAUGAUUGUGAUGGAGGUCCAUUAUUCUUGUUAGAUGUGGAUUGA